AUGGAUAUCUCUUACCCUGUCUCACAGCAUCAAUCAUUUAAAUUAAAAAAUUUAAAUCCAACAAGUGAUAUCUAUUAUAAGACCUACGGUAAAUUGAUCGAGCACAUGAAACUGAAUUUAAUAACAAAAGAAGAAACGUCGACUGGCAUUGAAAUACACCAGGACCAAAUAACAAAACGAAUCGUCAAACGGAAACAGGAGUACGAAGAUGACACAAAAAACAGCCGAAAAUUGCCAGCAACUGGAAUUCCAGCGCUUCGUAUAUUCCGAGAGUUACCCACUAUGAAUCAAACUCGAAAACGAACUUAUUCUCACUGGCGAUUGAAGUUGCCCACUCGAUCGCAAAUGAUCGAGAGCGGCUUUUUCAGUUGCAACGUUGGAGAUCGAGUUAUUUGCAUUUAUUGUAAUGUGAUCUGCCAGCAAUGGAUAGCCACCGAUGAUCCAAGUGAGAUACAUAAGUUGCUCUCUCCCGAUUGCAGCUUUGUCAAGUCAAAUCUGGUCUCGCCAAUUUCAUCGACACGUGCCGUUCUUAAUGAGACAUCUAAUGUGGCUGCAAACGUAGAGAUUGUUCUCACUCAGGCGUGUAAUCAGCAGUUUGUUGGAAUACCACAACGACAGGCAUCGUACGCAACGUGGCCACAAGAUAUUCCAUUACCAUCUGUCGAUGAUAUUGUUCGAGCUGGAUUCUUUUAUUCGGGCAAGAAAACGAUUGUUACUUGUUUCUAUUGCAAUGGAUCGCUUCAGAACUGGGCAGAAAAAGAUAAUCCAAUGAUUGAACAUGCUCGAUGGUUUCCACAGUGUCCCUAUGCAAGACAGUUGUGUGGAAAUGAUUUGUAUCAGAAAAUUCAGCAAUCAGAACGAAUUGCUCAACAAGCAAAUUCUAAGCAACAAAAAAUACCGACCAAAGUCACAUUCUUCCUACCAAAUGUAGACGCAACUGUCCCAAACAAUUCCUCGUCGGAUCUGUUAUCGAUACCAGAUGAGAGCACAUUAUCAAGAUUAUCCAUAAUUAAACGGUGUUACGAAGAUCAAUUGAGAUUAAAACUUGAGGAUUUUGUGAGCGAUAGCGAUCUGUAUAUGGCAUGCUUGAUUCUCCAAAAACAAAUUGAAGUUAUCGAUGGUAAAAAAGAAAAUAUUAUCAUUCCAUCAAAGCACUUACAAGAAGUAACGGAGAACAAUAAACGCGAUCAAACACAUUUAACGAUGGAACAAGAUGAGAGUGAAGAAAUGGUCACAUCGACAGUGGCUGACAAUGGUUCCAAAAAUGGUAGGCAGAAAUAUUUUUAA